ACACACUCAGUCUCGACUCUCCCUCUUCCCCAUGUAACCAGACCAGACCACCUUCUUCUCCCACUCCCCUUCCCACUCCCACUCCAUCGGAAUUUCUCUCUCUAAACCCCAUUGGCCAUCGCAUUUCAUGAUCAUCACCCUCCACCCCUCUCUCUCUAAAACCCUAUUUCUCACCCUCCCUCUCCUUUUGAUCGUCGCCGCUCUCCUUCCCCUUCACCUCUUCUUCACAUCAUCAUCACCGUAACAGCAGCUCCAGCCAUGGCGUCUCCCGUCGUUUAGUUUUUCCCGUACCCAUUUCCAGCAUUUUUACCCUUCCCGUACUUUUUCUCUGUAAAACCCCUUUCUCAUUUUCUGCUCUCUAUACAGCAAAAAAUGGCAGCUCGUCCUUGGAACGGCUCUUACUCCGAGUCCACUAAUCCUUCUCGCGCUCCUCGCCGCAUGUACCAACCUCCCCACUCUCGGAAUCCCGUCCCAGAUGCCUUUCCCGACUCCACUGAGCGUUUCAACCGUUCUACUCGCGGCGGGACUGCCCGCGGGAGAGGCCGUAGCGGGGGCGGUGGUCGAGGACGUGGGUUCAACCGUCCUGUCAUUCCGGUUUUCUGUGAGCGCUCUGACCCGGACCCGUUUUGGGAUGUUGAUGAUCUCGACGAGGAGGUUUUACCGAACUCAAAAGCGUACGACGACGUCCCCGUGGAGACGACGGGGACUGAUAUUCCUAAACCGGUGACGUCGUUCUCGGAGCUCGACUUCUCCGAGCCGCUCAGACUGAACAUCACCAGAUGCAAGUACGCGAAGCCGACGCCUAUUCAGAGGUACGCCAUUCCGGUAGCGAUGGCCGGGAGGGACGUCAUGGCUUGCGCUCAAACUGGCUCCGGCAAGACAGCCGCGUUUUGCUUCCCUAUAAUCAAUGCUAUUCUCACAAACCAGGUUGAAAGGUUUAACGACAACUUCGACGGUAGAAGAGGAGGGUCCACGAAUUCCAGAGGCGCCGCAUCUCCUCUCGCUCUCAUUCUGGCUCCCACCAGAGAGCUUUCUUGUCAGAUACAUGAUGAGGCCAAGAAGUUUUCUCAUGAGACUGGAUUAAAGAUUGCUGUUGCAUAUGGAGGGGCCCCCAUGUUUCAACAGUUGCAGCUGCGAGUUCUUGAGAGAGGCGUUGACAUAUUAGUUGCCACCCCUGGACGGUUGGUUGAUAUGAUGGAGAGAUCAAAAGUUUCAUUGAGAGGAAUAAAGUAUUUGGCUUUGGAUGAGGCUGACAGGAUGCUUGACAUGGGAUUUGAGCGCCAAGUCCGGUCCAUACUUGAGGACAUGCCUCCACCUGGAAAGAGGCAGACCAUGCUUUUCAGUGCUACUUUUCCUGCUGAGAUACAGCGUCUAGCAGCAGAGUUUCUUUCAAAUUACAUUUUCUUGUCUGCUGGAAAAGUUGGGUCCAGUACUGAUCGGAUCGAUCAAAAGGUUGAGUUUGUUCAAGAGCCAGACAAGAAGGACUUUCUGAGGAAGCUUCUUCAGGAGCAAACUGCUAAUAGUUUGACACUGGUGUUUGUGGAGACCAAAAGGGGAGCUGAUAUAUUAGAACACUGGCUGUCAAGAAUUGGUUUCCAAGCUGUCGCCAUUCACGGUGAUAAAGAGCAGAUGGAAAGGGAAAGAGCAUUGAAAUCAUUCAAAUGUGGACGAACGCCAAUUUUAGUCGCAACAGACGUGGCUUCACGUGGACUUGACAUUCCAAACGUUUCCCAUGUGAUAAAUUUCGACUUGCCAAGGAACAUAGAGCACUAUGUUCACAGGAUAGGCAGGACGGGGCGUGCUGGCAAAUCCGGGCUGGCAACAGCAUUCUUCACUGCUCAAAAUGCAGGCAUCGCAAAGGAUCUCGUUGAGUUAAUGCAGGGAGCCAAUCAAGAGAUACCACAAUGGCUUAAUGACUAUGCUUCUCAGAAUCCAUAUGGGGGUGACAGCAGGUCCAACGGCUAUCGGAAAAAUAACAGAUCUGGUGGUGGUUAUGGUGGUGGUUAUGGCGGUGGUAACGGUGAUGGUUAUGGUGGUGGUUAUGGCGGUGGUAACGGUGAUGGUUAUGGUGGUGGUGGAGGCUACGGAAAUGGAUCUGAAAACACUACUCCUUACUAUGAUGACUACACUGCUGCUAACACUACCACCACUCCUUUUACCUAUGGGGCACCCCCUUUCAAUGGUGGUGGCUAUUCUGAAUAUUCUCAAGUGGGUUCUUAUUCUUAUGCUCCAGACAACCAUGCCUUUCAGCAGCUUUCCGUUACUGACAAUGAUUGGGUUUGAAGUCCUCAGUCGGCAUUGUGUUGUCAUUCUCCUUAAAAUUAUCCUAUAUAUAUAAUAUAUUGGUGGGUAUAGUCAUACACAUAUCUUUUGGGGUUGUUUCAUUUUGAGGAAUAUAUGUGCCCACCAAUUAGAGGCUGUUCCAAUCUAACUGGAUAGUUUUGCUUUUUGUAAUGACAGCUUCUAAAACUGGUUACUAUGUAGAGGAGAUGUAGCCUCUUUUUUGGUGAUUAGUUAAUGCAAAAGACCACCUGUCUUAUUUUGUCACCCAAAGCUAUUUUUUUAAGGUGCCAAAGCUGUUUUAGUUUGGUACUUUUUCUUUGAUGAUUUGUUUGCAGG